AUGAACUCGACUACGCCUCUGUUUUCCUCUAAUCGAGUGUCAAUGAGGCGCAGAGGGACAAAGAAAAGCUUGCGAACCAAGAUACAGAUUCCCCUCCUGUGCUACGCGCGUUUAAUGGUGACGAUGGCAUACUUCUCCAUCUUCCCAUACGUAGCUCUGAUGGUAGAGCACGAUGGCAGUUCACGGGCCACUGAUAUCGGUGUCUAUGCCCUGACAUCGAUAUUUUGGGGCACCAUGGCGGAUAGGUUUGGUGGCAAGACGAUACUCAUUUUCAGUCUUCUUGGCACGGCUAUCAGCUCGCUGAUCUUCGGCUUUACUUCGUCGCACUGGCAAAUGGCGCUUUGUCGAUGCUUCAUGGGAACGGUGUCAGGUGGUGACGUCGUCAUCCGCGCUAUGAUCGGGAAACAGUGCAUGACAGAGACAGAUGCUACUUGUGGAUUCAGCCUAUUUUCCUUUGCUGGCAACAUUGGAAUGGUCUCUGGACUUAUUAUUGGUCAUGCCCUUGUCAAUCAUGUCAGUCAAUACUUGACUAUCCUCAAAACAGUUUCUUUUCUUGAGAAAUAUCCGUUUUGUCUUCCAGGAAUCACCAUUGGUGCCAUGAGUGUAACUUGCGCUAUAGUCAUUACACUGUUCGUGGACGAUGCCCAACAAAAGGUCAAUGGAGUCGUGGAUGACACUUCAUCUACGAAUUCCCUGCUCCCAACCUGGGCAUUCCUCUGUCAGUUAAUCGAGUCUCGUGGUGUUGGCAACACACCUUCGUCUUUUGUCAAUAUUAGCCUGCUUGGAUCUGCUUUCACGGCCGUGGCAACCCUCGCACUAUACACAGACAUUAGCCAAGGCGGCCUGGAAUUCCCGGGUCACGAAACUACGCUGUACAUGAUCUGUCAGAGCGCUUUCGCAGCGUGCUGGCUGUUUUUGAUAUACCCAGCUUUAUACCGACGCUUUGGUACACAGAACAUCAUCUCAUCAAGCCCGACUCUUUUUCCUUUCCUCUUCCUGAGUUUCAGCAUCAUGAACGCAUUUGUUCGCCCUGGUAGCGAAGCUGGUUUCUUCAUAUUUCGCGUCGUUUUGGGCGUGAUGACAACCAUGGGGCCUGCUGUCUACAUGGUAGUUACGGCAGUCUACGUUGGCUUGCAAGAGGUAUCUCCCAGUUCUCGAAAGCUUGGUUUGCUCAAUGGAGUCGCAGAAGCGGCUUCUUGUCUUCUACGAGUGAUAGUCUUAUCGAUAGGCAUUUUGAUCCAUGCUUUUUGCAAUUGCCAUAGUGUGACAGUUGGGUACCUCAACUGGUUUGUCUUAUUACUGAUUGGGUUAUCUUUCUUUGGUUUGAAGUGUCCUACUUGGACGAGGCUCACACGAAGUUAA